UUAAAGGAAGUACGAUUGUCCAAACACCCCCGUUGACAAAUUCUACUGUGCCAGUCCCGAGGAAUCGUUGGCUACUACUGACACAAUAGCGACAUCUCAUACACAUUUGCCGAGAACUCCCCGCACACUCCCCUGCACCUUCGCCACAUCUAAUCUAAACUCUCGCUGAUCAUCUCAUGAUUCAUGAAUCAAAAUAGCGCUUUCCAUUCUCCCUCUGAUCAAACCGGAUCCGAUCUUUUCUCUCUUAUAUGUAUAUUUAUAUAAUUUCAAUUACAUUCUGUCCGAUCGCUACGCCUACAUGACUCAGUCUCAUUGCCGCACAAAUCUCCCACUAAAGUUUUUUAGUAGACGCAAUUCUUCGAUUUUUAGGGUUUUAUUGUCAUAAUUUUUUCUUUCAUUACGGUCGUUAUUUUUUAUUAUUUUUUAUUGAAAUGACGAAGUUAUGUGCGCUUUGUUUAAAUCUUUUCUGGAAUUCGAUUGUAAUUUGAUUGAAGACCUUCAGUUUUUGGAGAUUAAGAGGCUCUCCAGUGAAAAUGGCAGCUUCUCCUGUGAAAUUUCUCUUCGGAUUCUUGAUGGUUUCCAUCACAUUGUGGAUGGCCUUCAUGUUUGCCUCCAGGUUGGUGGCUUGGAUUCUAAGUCGGAUAUUGGGAGCUUCUGUUGCAUUCCGGGUUGGUGGUUGGAAAUGUUUAAGGGAUGUUGUGGUCAAAUUCAAAAAGGGUGCUAUUGAAUCUGUAACUGUUGGUGAGAUCAAACUGAGCUUACGUCAGUCCUUGGUCAAACUUGGGGUUGGUUUUAUUUCUAAGGAUCCCAAACUACAAGUGCUAAUAUGUGACUUAGAAGUUGUUAUGCGACCAUCAAGUAAAAGCUCAAAGAAAACUAAAACUCACAAAUCGCGUUCUUCAGGCCGUGGAAAAUGGAAGGUUGUCGCUAACACUGCAAGAUUUUUGUCAGUUUCUGUAACAGAUAUGGUUGUGAAGACGCCCAAAGCUGCUGUUGAAGUCAAGGAACUGACAGUGGAUAUAUCAAAAGAAGGUGGAACAAAGUCAGAUCUGCUGGUUAAGCUACACAUAUUAUCUCUUUUUGUAUACAUUGGUGAACCACGGAUCAGUUGUGACCAAUCAUCCAACUUAAGCACCGGAGGAUGCAUUUCUUCCAGCCAAGCAUCAUUUGCCAUGAUGGAAAAGUCUUCUGCUCCAUUUAGCUGUGAAGAAUUUUCUCUCUCAUGUGAAUUCGGUCAUGAUAGGGAAGCAGGUGUGAUCAUCCAAAAUGUGGAUAUCACCUGUGGAGAUGUCACUGUGAGCUUGAAUGAGGAACUGCUUUCAAAAAAGAAGAAAUCACCAGAUGCUUUUAGUCACUCAGAAAAAGUUAUGGAGUCAACUAGUGAUUCUGGGGCCUCUGUAAAGCCUGACAAAAAGCAAGCAUCACUUGCCACACUUACAAAGUCUGCUUAUAUAUUUCCAGAAAAGGCUUGCUUCAAUUUACCAAAACUGGAAGUCAGGUUUUUACAUCAGGAACUUGGUCUUCUUUUGGAGAAUAAUAUCAUGGGCAUUCAACUGAGAAGUACUAAAUCAAAGUCCACUGAAGAUGUUGGGGAGAGCACACGACUUGAGUUUCUAUUGGAUUUUAGUGAGAUACAUCUUAUUAGAGAAGCUGGCACUUCGAUCUUGGAGAUUUUGAAAGUUCAUGCUAUCUUUUCUGCCUACAUUCCAGUUCAGCCAACAUCACCUGUCAGAGCUGAGAUUGAUGUUAAGCUGGGAGGUACUCAAUGCAACAUCAUAAUGAGUAGGCUAAGGCCAUGGUUGCACCUUCACUUGUCAAAGAAGAAAAGAAUGGUUCUUCGAGAAGAAAAAUCUACUAUUGAAAGGCCCCAAUCAAGUGAUUCCAAAGUUGUUAUGUGGACAUGCACUGUAUCAGCCCCUGAAAUGACUGUUGUGCUCUAUAGUAUCAGUGGUUUGCCACUGUAUCAUGGUUGCUCACAAUCGUCACAUGUAUUUGCAAAUAACAUUUCAAGUAUGGGAACUGCAGUACACAUGGAACUUGGUGAACUGAAUUUACACAUGGCAGAUGAAUAUCAAGAAUCCUUGGAAGAGAGCCUUUUUGGCGUGGAGACAAAUUCUGGUUCCUUAAUGCAUGUCGCAAAGCUUAGUCUGGAUUGGGGCAAAAAAGAAAUGGAAUCAUCUGAAGAAAAUAGCCUUAAGUCUAAAUUGGUCCUUGCUGUAGAUGUGACUGGUAUGGGCGUUAAUUUGAAUUUCAAGCACAUUGAGUCACUUAUAAUAACUGCCAUGUCUUUUCAACCUCUCUUUAAAGCUCUAUCUGCUUCUAGUAAAAGAACAACACAGAGCCGAGGUGGGCAUGUUUCCAAAUCAUCUGGGAAAGGAACUCGACUCUUGAAAUUUAAUCUUGAACGGUGCUUUGUAAAUUUUUGUGGUGACACUGGCUUGGACAACACUGUCGUUGCAGAUCCCAAGCGUGUAAAUUAUGGAUCACAAGGUGGUCAAGUUCUAAUUAGUGUCUCAGCCGAUGGCACACCACGUACUGCAAAUAUCAUGUCUACUGAAUCUGAUGAAUUCAAGAAGUUGAGGUACUCUGUUUCACUUGACAUCUUCCAUUUUAGUUUGUGUGUGAACAAGGAAAAGCAAUCUACACAGAUAGAACUUGAAAGAGCGAGAUCUACCUAUCAGGAACAUUUGGAGGAACAUAGACCUGGUACAAAAGUGACACUAUUUGAUAUGCAGAAUGCCAAAUUUGUACGGCGUUGUGGUGGUCUCAAGGAGAUUUCUGUCUGCUCUCUUUUUAGUGCUACUGAUAUUACUGUCCGAUGGGAACCUGAUGCACAUCUGGCACUAGUUGAACUUGCCUUGCAACUAAAACAACUGGUACACAACCAGAAGCUUCAGGGACUUGGUGAGAAGCAUAUAGACGAUGUCUCUCAUGUAAGAGAUGCUGAAGAGAAGAAAGAAGCCACCAUGGAAUCAUAUCAUGUUGACAAGCGCAAGAAAAAGGAAUCCAUAUUUGCCGUUGACGUUGAAAUGCUGAGUAUAUAUGCUGAAGUUGGAGAUGGGGUUGAUUGUAUGGUGCAGGUUCAGUCAAUUUUCUCAGAGAAUGCUCAUAUAGGAGUGCUUCUGGAAGGACUUAUUCUUACUUUGAAUGGGUCCAGACUAUUUAAAAGUAGCCGGAUGCAAAUAUCUCGUAUUCCUAGUACAUCAAGUUGUUCAUCUGAUGGGAAUUUGCCAGCAGCCACCACUUGGGAUUGGGUAAUUCAAGGACUUUUUAUUCAUAUUUGCAUGCCAUUCAGGUUAGAGUUGCGUGCCAUUGAUGAUGCUGUUGAGGAUAUGCUGCGGAGUUUAAAGCUUGUGAUUGCUGCUAAAACUAAGCUUAUUUGUCCUAUGAAGAAUGAAAGCUCAAAACCCAAAAAGUCUGGUGCAGUCAAGUUUGGCUGUUUGAAGUUUUGUAUACGCAAGCUGACUGCUGAUAUUGAGGAAGAACCAAUACAGGGUUGGCUUGAUGAACAUUACCAGCUGAUGAAGAAUGAAGCCUGUGAGUUAGCUGUCAGGUUAAAAUUUCUUGAAGAAUUCAUUUCCAAAGCCAAACAGGCUCCUAAGUCUUCUGAAACUAAUGAUUCUCCUCAUGAAAGGAAGGUUUGCUUUAAUGGAGUUGAGAUUGAUAUACAUGAUCCUUCUGCUAUUGACAAAGUGCAAGAAGAAAUUUAUAUACAGUCAUUCCGUUCCUAUUACCAGGCAUGCCAAAAUCUGGUACCAGCAGAAGGUUCAGGUGCCUGUAGGGAAGGCUUUCAGGCUGGUUUUAAGCCUAGUAUUUCCAGAACUUCUGUUCUUUCCAUUUCUGCUACAGAGUUAGAUGUGACCUUGAUGAGGAUUGAUGGUGGAGAUGCUGGGAUGGUAGAGCUUCUGAAGAAGCUAGAUCCUGUUUGUGGGGAAAACAAUAUACCAUUUUCUCGGCUCUAUGGGAGUAAUAUUCUCUUGCAUACAGGCACCCUAAUUGCUAAUUUAAGAAAUUAUACGUUCCCUCUUCUUUCUGCAACUUCUAGUAAAUGUGUUGGUCGCCUUGUGUUAGCACAACAGGCCACAUGUUUUCAGCCCCAAGUUUACCAAGAUGUCUUCAUUGGAAGAUGGAGAAAGGUGCGCAUGCUUCGUUCAGCAAGUGGCACAACUCCUCCUAUGAAAACAUACUUUGAUUUGCCUCUGUCUUUUCAGAGAGGAGAAGUGUCCUUUGGAGUGGGAUAUGAACCAGUUUUUGCUGAUGUGAGCUAUGCUUUUACUGUAGCUCUUCGUAGGGCUAAUUUAAGUAUUCGGAAUCCAGGUCCCCUAAUUCAGCCACCAAAGAAGGAAAAGAGUUUACCAUGGUGGGAUGAUAUGAGAAAUUACAUUCAUGGAAAUAUCUCCUUGAGUUUUUCUGAAACCAAAUGGCACGUUCUUGCGACUACUGAUCCUUAUGAAAAGCUCGACAAGCUUCAAAUUGUAUCAGCUAUGAUGGAGAUCAAGCAGUCAGAUGGUCGUGUUCAUGUUUCUGCAGAGGACUUCAAGAUAUUUUCGAGCAGCUUGGACAGUAUGGCUAAGAGUCGUGGCUUAAAACUUCCUGCUGGCAUAUCUGGUCCUUUACUUGAAGCCCCGGUCUUUACUCUUGAAGUUACAAUGGAUUGGGGAUGUGAUUCUGGAAAUCCAAUGAAUCAUUAUUUAUUUGCACUUCCUGUUGAAGGGAAACCUCGUGAAUAUGUUUUUGAUCCCUUCAGAUCUACUUCUCUCUCCCUUCGCUGGAGUUUCUCUCUUAGAUCUGCUCUUCCUGCUUCUGAGAGCUCACCCCCAUUUACUUUGGCAGAUAGCACCAUUGUAGAUGGAACUGUCUAUGGUCCACCUUAUAAGUCUGAGAACACUCCAGUAGCUUCACCAAAAGUGAAUGUCGGUGCUCAUGAUUUAGCAUGGUUAAGCAAAUUCUGGAACUUGAAUUAUCUUCCUCCUCAUAAAUUGCGUACUUUCUCUCGGUGGCCUCGUUAUGGAGUUCCGAGAUUCAUAAGAUCAGGGAAUUUGUCAUUAGACAGGGUUAUGACAGAAUUCAUGCUCCGCAUAGAUGUUACACCUACUUGUUUAAAGCAUAUGCCCUUAGAUGAUGAUGAUCCAGCCAAAGGAUUGACAAUUACCAUGUCCAAGCUGAAGUAUGAAAUUUGUCUCAGUCGUGGCAAGCAAAAAUAUACUUUUGCAUGCAAGCGUGAUCCCCUUGAUCUCGUUUACCAGGGUAUUGAGCUUCAUGUGCCUAAGGUUUUUAUAAAUAAAGAAGAUCACACCAGUGUGGCAAAGGUAGUUCAAAUGACUAGGAAAAGUUCUCAGUCUGCCUCCAUGGAUAAAGUUCCUAGUGAAAAACGUAAUGUUAUGAAUGGUUGCACUGAGAAACACCGUGAUGAUGGAUUUUUAUUAUCUUCUGACUAUUUUACGAUCAGAAGGCAGGCCCCAAAGGCUGAUCCUGCUAGGUUAUUAGCAUGGCAAGAGGCUGGAAGAAGAAAUCUUGAGAUGACAUAUGUGAGGUCUGAGUUUGAGAAUGGGAGUGAGAGUGAUGAGCACACACGGUCUGAUCCAAGUGAUGAUGAUGGAUACAAUGUUGUAAUAGCUGACAAUUGCCAGCGUGUUUUUGUUUAUGGUCUUAAGCUUUUGUGGACUAUAGGGAACAGAGAUGCUGUUUGGUCCUUUGUUGGUGGAAUAUCCAAAGCAUUUGAACCUUCAAAGCCUUCUCCUUCUCGACAAUAUGCGCAGAGGAAAUUACUAGAGGAGAAACAGAAAAAUGAAGUUGAAACACUGAAAGAUGAUGUUUCUAGGUCCCCCUCUACCAGCAGUGCUGCAGUUUCCCCCUCUCAAGAGGGGGAGACAGCAGGAACGAUUUCAUCUCUGUCACAGUCAGUUAAAAUGGAGAAUUCAUCGUCUGUUAUGGUUGAGAAAAAUGAGAGUAUCAAUGAUUUUGAGGAGGAGGGCACUCGUCAUUUCAUGGUCAACGUUAUUGAGCCACAAUUUAAUCUUCAUUCAGAAGAGGCCAAUGGUAGAUUUCUGCUUGCUGCUGUCAGUGGUCGUGUUUUAGCCCGAUCGUUUCAUUCAGUCCUCCAUGUUGGUUAUGAGAUGAUUGAACAAGCACUUGGUACCACAAAUGUACAUAUUCCUGAAUGUGGACCUGAAAUGACAUGGAAACGCAUGGAGCUUUCUGUAAUGUUGGAGCAUGUUCAGGCUCAUGUUGCACCCACUGAUGUUGACCCAGGGGCUGGACUGCAGUGGCUUCCUAAAAUUCGGAGAAGCUCUCCAAAAGUAAAGCGCACUGGUGCUCUACUCGAAAGAGUUUUUAUGCCUUGUGAUAUGUAUUUUCGAUACACAAGGCACAAAGGUGGGACUCCAGAUCUGAAGGUGAAGCCCUUAAAAGAGCUCACUUUCAAUUCUCACAAUAUAACAGCUACGAUGACAUCUCGCCAGUUUCAGGUUAUGCUUGAUGUGUUGACCAAUCUUCUCUUUGCACGGCUUCCCAAACCUCGAAAAAGCAGUUUGUCCUUUCCUACUGAAGAUGAUGAAGAUGUUGAAGAGGAGGCAGAUGAGGUGGUUCCUGAUGGCGUUGAAGAGGUAGAACUUGCAAGAAUUAACCUUGAACAAAAAGAACGGGAGCAUAAGUUGAUUCUUCAUGACAUUAGGAAAUUGUCUCUGUAUUGUGAUACUUCAGGAGAUAUAUGUCAAGAAAAUGAAGGCAAUUUGUGGAUGGUAGCCAGUGGGAAAUCAACAUUGAUACAAGGACUGAAGAAUGAGCUUGUAAAUGCACAAAACUCUAGGAAGGAAGCUUCUGCAUCUUUACGGUUGGCUCUGCAGAAAGCUGCUCAGUCACGACUGAUGGAGAAGGAGAAGAACAAAAGCCCAUCAUAUGCUAUGCGAAUUUCCUUGCAAAUUAACAAAGUUGUUUGGAGCAUGCUUUUGGAUGGUAAAUCUUUUGCUGAAGCUGAGAUAAAUGACAUGAUUUAUGAUUUUGACCGAGAUUACAAAGAUAUUGGUGUUGCUCAGUUUACAACUAAGUACCUUGUUGUAAGAAACUGCGUGCCACAAGCCAAGUCUGAUACGCUUUUAUCACCAUGGAAUCCUCCGCAAGAAUGGGGAAAAAAAGUCAUGCUUCGAGUUGAUGCAAAGCAGGGAGCACCGAAGGAUGGAAUCUCUCCUCUUGAACUUUUCCUGGUAGAAAUUUACCCACUCAAGAUUCAUUUGACAGAGGCAAUGUACAGAAUGAUGUGGGGGUAUUUCUUCCCAGAAGAGGAACAAGACUCCCAACGGCGGCAGGAAGUUUGGAAGGUCUCAACAACUGCUGCUGGCAGACGUGGUAGUAAGAAAGGUUCGUCAACGCAUGAACCUGUCGCCUCAAGUAGCCAUCCUACAAAAGAGUCUGACAUCUUAUCCAAACAAAUUGCCUCUGCAGUACCCCUUUCUGCUUUAACCAGUCUAUUAUCUGCUGAUACUUUGCAAGCAUUAAAGUUGCCAAAUGUGAAGACAAGUGCUGCUCGUGGUUCAACUCCUGAGCUUAGAAGAACAUCUUCUUUCGACAGAACUUGGGAAGAGACUGUAGCAGAAUCUGUAGCUAAUGAACUUGUCCUACAGGUUCACUCUCCCAGUGCUGCGUUACUUGGUUCUCUUGAGCAACAAGAUGACAAGAGCAAAUUGAAAGACUCCAAGCCUGUGAAGCCUGGUCGAUCAUCACAUGAAGAAAAAAAGGUCACCAAAGUGCAAGAGGAGAAAAGAUCUAGGCCUCGAAAAAUCAUGGAAUUUCACAACAUCAAGAUAAGUCAGGUCGAGCUACUGCUUACUUACGAAGGAUCAAGAUUUGUUGUGAAUGAUCUUAAGUUGCUGAUGGAUACAUUUCAUCGUGUUGAGUUCACUGGCACUUGGAGGAGACUCUUCUCACGAGUAAAGAAGCACAUCAUCUGGGGGGUUCUAAAGUCUGUGACUGGAAUGCAGGGUAGAAAGUUCAAAGACAAAGCACAUAGUCAACAACCUAGUAUAAUUACUGUUCCUGACAGUGACCUUCAUUUGAGUGAUCCUGAACAAGGGCAAACAGGGAAACCUGAUCAGUAUCCAAUAACCUUUCUCAAGCGGCCAAACGAUGGAGCAGGUGAUGGAUUUGUAACUUCAAUAAGGGGACUGUUCAAUACCCAACGUCGCAAGGCCAAGGCAUUUGUGCUGCGGACGAUGAGAGGGGAAGAGGAUGAUUUUCAGGGGGAAUGGAGUGAAAGUGAUACAGAAUUCUCCCCCUUUGCCCGGCAGCUUACCAUAACAAAAGCUAAGAGGCUUAUCAGGCGACACACAAAGAAAUUUCGGAAUAGAGGACAAAAAGGUUCACCGUCCAAGCAGGGAGAAUCACCAUCAUCUCCAAGGGAAACCACACCAUUCGAAAUUGAAAGUGACUCUUCCAGUGGAUCAUCACCAUCACCUUUUGAAGAUUUUCAUGAGUUGGGUACAUGAUAGUGUUCAACUUUGGGCCUUGUAUUCCUCUCAAUUCAUGUAUGGAAGACUCGGAUGAAGCUAUCAUAAAAUAAAAUUAGGCAUCAAAUAAAACCAGGCUAAGCUAUUCCCGAGGAUGAAAUACACGUCGGCUAAGCCUUCCAUUCCACUACAUGAGACCUCAUUUCUUCCGCGCGUCCCUCAUCAAUCAUCUAGCUCUGAAGAUUUCUAGACACACAGGCGUUUUAAGUUAUAUACGGGGCACCAGAUAUCAUAAUUUUGUACAAACAUUCAAAAGUAAAAUUGAAUAAGAGCAGAUAAUUUAAUGAAA